AUGCCAUUGAAAAGCCCAAAGAAAAAAGAAAAAAAGAAAAAUUUGUCCCGCGACAGUUUGGCGGGAAACGAGAAAGAAAAUCCGACCGCAAUUUUUCCGUUCAUCAAGCUCUCAUUUCUCAUCCUCCCUGCGCCUCCAGUCCGCCAUGGAUUCCGACUCCGAUUCCGACGGUUCUCACGUCUCCGCCACUCCUCCGCGGAACCCCAGUCCCCGUCAACCGCCGCCGCCGCCACCAAGACCGGCUCUUCUUGCCUCCUCCAGAUCCAAAGUCAGAGUCAGAGCCUCCUCCUCACGGCCCAAAACCGCCGCCCUAAAGCCCCGAACACCCUCUUCGGCCAAAGCCCUGAAACCACCACCUCCUCCUCCUCCAGUGCCCGUCAUCUCCUCUCUCUCCACUUCUUCCUUCCAAAUCCGCCGUCCAUCCCACCAUGCCGAACCGACCGCGUCCCUGGAUUCAGCUCCAGUCCUCCCAGCAGGCCACUUCUCUAAGCUCUCCUCCUCUUUCUCGAAAAUCCGACGGUCGUCACUCAAAUUCGAGGCUGAGACAGACUCGGUUGAUCCUGACAGCUCGGUCUUGGAAUCCAAGGCUGAAAUCGGCGAGAGAGUUUCACUUGCUUCUUCCUCACUGGAUAGUAGUUCUGUGUCGGAUUUGAGGAAACAGGUGAAUUUGAUAAGAGCUAGUGUUCCGAUUGAACCGGUGAAGUUGAAGAAGGGCGGGAAAAAUGAAGGCAACUUCGUCAGGCUCAAUUUGAACAAGAGGAAGUUCCUGAGCAAAGGCGGUAAGAGGAAGAGCAGCUACAAGUUUUCAGGAUACCGGAGGUUUUCUAGAAGAACCAAGCGGAAACCGAACUCUGCGGGUGAGGCCAAGAUUGAGGGCACUUGCGAGGAAGAUGGUUUGAUCCCAGAAAUCAUCGAACAGAUGCAGAACCGGCCGAAGAGUGAGAGAGCUGAGUUUGAAAUAAAAGAGGCUCUUUCUGCAUCAAGAAACGAGGCUUCAAGGGAGAAUUUGGAAAACCUGCUGAAGUUGGUCCAUGGGUACGAUUCCUUUCGGGAUGGGCAGUUUGAGGCCAUCAGAUCAGUUGUCAGUGGGCAAUCGACAAUGCUUGUUUUGCCAACCGGUGCUGGGAAGUCAUUGUGUUACCAAAUACCCGCAAUGAUUCUUCCCGGGAUUACUUUGGUGGUUAGUCCUUUGGUGGCUUUGAUGAUCGAUCAGCUUAAACAGCUGCCUCCUCUGAUUCGUGGUGGUCUCCUUUGUAGCAGUCAGACCCUGCAGGAGACUUCCGAGACACUGAGACUGCUGCAAGAAGGUAUCAUAAAGGUGCUUUUCAUUUCACCCGAGAGGUUUCUGAAUGAGGAUUUCCUUUCACUGUUUUCUGGAGAGCUCCGUGUCUCACUUGUAGUUGUUGAUGAAGCUCACUGUGUGUCUGAAUGGUCACAUAAUUUUCGGCCUUCAUUCACGAGGCUGAGGGCCUCAUUGCUUCGUGCAAGGCUUCGAGUCAAUUGUAUUCUCGCUAUGACUGCAACUGCCACAAGGGCAACUCUCUCUUCUGUCAUGUCAGCCUUAGAAAUCCCUACAUCUAAUCUCAUCCACAAGCCCCAAGUCAGGGGAAAUCUACAAUUAUCAGUAACCUUGAGUCAAAACAAGAUGAAAGACCUGCUGACGCUAUUGAAGUCUUCACCCUAUAAGGAAAUCCAGAGUAUCAUUGUGUACUGCAAAUUUCAGUAUGAAACAGAUACUGUGAGCAGAUAUUUAUGCGAUAACAAUAUUUCAGCAAAGAGCUACCACAGCAGCAUCCCUGCAAAGGAUCGCAGCCGCAUACAGGAUUUAUUUUGUUCCAACAAGAUAAGAGUGGUCGUAGCAACCGUAGCAUUCGGAAUGGGACUUGACAAGAGUGAUGUUGGUGCUGUAAUUCAUUACAGCAUACCCAACAGCUUGGAAGAGUACGUUCAGGAAAUUGGCCGGGCUGGACGAGACGGGAGAGUAUCCCAUUGCCAUCUUUUAUAUGAUGAUAACACAUACUAUAAGCUCCGUAGUCUCAUGCACAGCGAUGGAGUAGAUGAAUAUGCUGUGGGCAAGUUGCUUUCUCAAGUUUUCACCAAUGAAUCCCAUGGAAAAAUCUGUUCUAUAGUAAAGGAAUCAGCAUCUUGCAAGUAUGACAUGAAGGAGGAGGCAAUCCUCACAAUCCUUACCUACCUGGAGUUGGGUGAAGUCCAGUACUUGCGUUUGCUUCCACAAUUAAACAUAACCUGCACUCUGAACUUCCAUCAGACUUCACCAGCAUUGCUAGCUGACAAAGAUAUUGUCAUUGCAGCGAUUCUAAGGAAGUCUGAAACUAAGCAAGGGCAGUACAUAUUUGACAUACCGACUGUGGCAAAUAGCAUUGGCAUCACAGCCGCAGAAUUGUCCAAUCAUUUGCAGCAUCUAAAGCUCAAGGGGGAAAUUACAUAUGAUAUGAAGGACAUGGCCUAUUGUUAUACAACUGUUAAAGUUCCUGAAGAUAUCUGUUUGCUCGCCUCACAUCUCACAAAAUGGUUGUCAGAGGUUGAAAGUUGCAAGGUGCAUAAACUGGACGCCAUGUUCGACGCUGCAGUCUUUGCACUGAAUAAAUGCAAGAAGGAGCUAGGUUGUGGCAGCGUCCAGCACACAGCGUGCUUGCAGAAGAAGAUCAUGGACUACUUUAACAGCGAGAAUACUUGCAACGUCUCAAACAAGAUGAGUCAGAACAGCCCUUUCUUGAGAGCAGAUAUAAAGGUCUUUCUACAGGGUAACUCGCAAGCUAAGUUCACACCUCGAGCUGUUGCAAGGAUACUACAUGGAAUUUCAAGCCCAGCAUACCCAUCCACAUUCUGGGCUAAAUCACAUUUCUGGGGAAGGUAUACACAGGUCGAUUUCCAAGUAGUAAUGGAAGCAGCAAAGGCAGAACUGAUGAACUCUGUGGGGAAGGAGGCACCAUAAGUUGAUUCAAAUGGAGGCAAUACGGUGCAGAUACAAUCACUGACUGAGAAGAGGCAAAGAAAACUUAGUCCUGCAAGAGAAUAAUCACGGUCUGCUUGAGCCCAAUCUAAUAUGAGAACAUGGUGAAUCCACUACGUGCUAUGUGUUCUUCACAUCUCUUCAUUGCAACCAGUCUUUCUCAGGAGCACGGACAGAUGCUUCGAUUCUCAAACAGAGUCGUGCUUCGAUCAUAAAGUGAUGCAGCAAUACGAGUGCUUUAAGCCCUCCAGGUCGAAUGCAGCCACAUGAAAUGCGAUAAUAGAGGAACCUCUUGAUUGUAAGUUCUGUAACAAUAAUUUUACCGGUGAUUGCUAUAUAAUUAGGAUAUCCAAAUCGAAAGGGCCGGAGGUAUGGGAUUUUAAGGGGUGUGGGACGGAGGAUCCCGAUCAAGAGAUAGCAUGCUUCAUGCAGUUGCACGCAAGAGAGUGUUAUGUUUAUACAAUUUAUUUUUUAUUAAUCUUAUUCAUUUUUUAUUUU